UAUGAAACAAUAUUGUUCUUUGUUUUUAAGUAUUCAUCUUCAGCAAUUCAACGACUAGAAUGUUUAUGUACGUGGUGAAAAUAGUAUAAUUUCGAAUAAGAAUAUGACACUACGAUUAUUACUCAAAUUAGUAAUAAUCCAAUUAUCGGGUUCAACUAUUUUUGCGCAAGUUGGUGAGUCAUGUAUAUCAAAGAGAACCAGCCAGGAAGGAGUGUGCAAAAUUGAGUCGCAAUGCCCCUUCGUAAUAAAUCAAGCAAAACUUGGUAUAAAAGCAACACUAUGUGGAUUUCAUGAACUGGUAAUACCCAUAGUCUGCUGCCCUGAUAGUAAUGGCAGAUCAAUUACCACUAUGAGAAUCAGUGAACAAAAAUGCGAACUAUACAGUACACCCAUUACAAGAAAAUUUAGCUUAAUUACUCUGGAUGCAAAUCCUGAAACACUUACUGUGAUCACUGAUAACUGCACUUAUAAUCGGGUUCCUCUGAUAGUUGGAGGAGAACCAGCAGAGCUCGGAGAAUUCCCAUUUAUGGCGCUGGUGGGUUUCAACACAACUGAAUCACCAUGGAAAUGUGGAGGCACUUUGAUAAGUGAAAGAUACGUUCUCACUGCUGCUCACUGUACAUUCUCGUCAGAUUCUUUGAUAUCCAGUGUCCCGACAAAGGUACGGCUGGGAGAACUAGACUUAUCAAGUGAUAACGAUGGGUCCCAGCACAUGGAUUACCGUGUUUCAUCGAUAAUCGUGUAUCCAGAUUACAACUGGCCACAGGUAUACAACGAUAUCGCACUAUUGCGAUUACAAACCAGAGUCGUAUUCACGAGAUUCAUUAGACCAGCUUGCCUGGCAAACAGUCGUUUUCUGAAAACUGGAAAACCUUUGGCAACCGGUUGGGGAAAAACAGGUUUCAAUGAUCCGUACAGUGAUAAACUUUUAAAGGUAUCUCUGGAGAUAUUUGAUAACGCGAUAUGCAACAGGUCUUAUAGCAAUGAAGAAAAACUGCCGAAUGGGAUAAUAUCCAGUAUGUUGUGUGUAGGAGAACCACGGAAUUCAACCGAUAGGAAAGACACUUGCGAAGGUGAUUCUGGUGGACCCUUGAUAGUAGCAAGAGAAUCAAAUUUGUGCCAAUUUUACGUUAUUGGGAUAACCUCGCUUGGAAAAGCUUGUGGAGUAAGCAAAAUUCCAGCAAUUUAUACCAGAGUUUCGGAAUAUGUAUCAUGGAUUGAAGAACAGAUCUGGUAGUUGUUGCUGAGUAACGAUUAUGCCAGCAGAUUUAAUUAUUGUAGAUCAAUAAUCAGAUGAAUGAAUGAUGAGACUGAUUUAAGGUUUCCAGAAAUGGGUAUUUUGUAUGUAUA